AUGAACUCUUUGAUCUUUGGUAAGCACUUGGCAGUCCAAAAAAUUAUUUCUGCUAAUUUAAUUGGGUGGUUAACACCAUUGGUAAACCCUUCACUUGUGGCUCCAGGCCAAAAACAGCUAGGAUAUAUGCAUGAAUGGUUGAAAAAAAGGCUACUAGGAGAUCAUGAAGGUGCUAAAGAAAAGGAUUUUUUCUCUAAUAAUGGUAUAUUACUGGCAGUUCCUAAAAAAAAGGUAUCUCAUCAAAAGAAGAGACAAAAGCUUUAUGGCCCAGGCAAGAAGCAAUUGAAGAUGAUUCACCAUUUGAAUAAAUGUCCAUCAUGUGGCCACUAUAAGAGAGCUAACACGCUCUGCAUGUAUUGUGUUGGGCAAAUACGUCAUAUAUGGAAGGCACAUACCGCUAAGGAAGAAAUAAAUCCAAAACAGGAGAAAGAACUCUCAGAAUUGGACCAAAGGGUCUUAUACCCUGGUAAAAGAGAUACUAAAUAUACCAAGGACUUGAAAGAUAAAGAUAAAUACUUAGAACGCCGUAUUCGAACUUUAAAGAAGGAGUAG